AUGAACGUCCAACAGCGUCUGCCGUACCAGAACGAGGACAUUCCCGUCCGCCCUCAGCAGGACUCGGAUGAUGAGGAGGAAGCGCUCGUCAACGAUUACCGAGAACAAGUUCAGUUUGACGAUGGCAUGAGCGAUCUCGAGCGGACCACUUCUCUUGGAGCUGGUCAGCAGGCUCAGGAUAUUCAGGCUCAGUUGACGGCGGCUGCCACCCCAUUGGAUUACCAGGCUACUUUGGAGACCAAGUUUGCGAGCUACGACAACUACUGCAGCCUUUUCCACUACAUUCUCAACUCCGACGGCCCUGUUGAACUCGAGGUCCCUUCGUACUAUUGGGCCUGGGACGUCAUCGAUGAAUUCAUCUACCAGUUCAACAGCUUCUGCAGCUACCGCCAUCGCAUCGCUCGCAAGGGUGAGAAUGACGAGGAAAAGCAGCUUCUCCGCGAAAACCCCAACACUUGGGGCUGCUACAGCGUCCUCAACGUCCUGUACUCUCUGAUCCAGCGGUCCCAGAUCAACGAUCAGCUUGCGGCCAUCAAGCGUGGUGAGGACCCCGCCGCUGUGGCUGGCGAGUAUGGCUCUCGGCCCCUUUACCGUAUGUUGGGAUACUUCUCCAUCAUCGGUCUGCUGCGCGUGCACUGUCUUCUCGGAGACUUCGCCUUGGCGCUCAAGACGCUGGACGAUAUUGAGCUGAACAAGAAGGCCAUGUUUGCGCGCGUCAUGGCUGCUCACUUCACGACGUACUAUUACGUUGGUUUCUCAUACAUGAUGAUGCGCCGCUACUCGGACGCCAUCCGCAUGUUCAGCCAUAUCCUCAUCUACGUGUCUCGUACCAAGAACUUCCAGAAGAACGCCCAGUACGAUUCCAUCAGCAAGAAGAACGACCAGAUGUACGCCCUGAUUGCCAUCUGUGUUGCCCUGCAGCCUACCCGUCUCGACGACACCAUCCACAGCGCUCUGCGCGAGAAGUACGGCGAGCAGUUCCUCCGUAUGCAGCGAGGUGGCCCCGAGGCGCUCCCCAUCUUUGAGGAGCUCUUCCGCUCGGCUUGCCCCAAGUUCAUCUCUCCCGUCCCACCGGACUUUGACAACCCAGAGCUGAACGUCGACCCCAUCGACCACCACUGUGCCAUCUUCAUGGAUGAGGUCAAGGCCAACAUCUGGUCGCCCACUGUCAAGAGCUACCUGAAGCUCUACACGACUAUGGACUUGAACAAGUUGGCUGGCUUCCUCGAGGUCGAACCCGAGAAGCUCCGUGGAUGGCUCCUCGUGAACAAGCAGCGCAGCCGCCAGGUUCGCUGGAGCGAGGGUGGUCUCCUCGACGGCGAUAUUGUUAACGCCAGCGACCUCGACUAUGCCAUGCAAGGUGACCUGAUCCACAUCUCAGAGGCCAAGGUCGGUCGUCGCCUCGUUGACUGGUACCUCCGCAACCUUGCCCGCGCCUACUAA